AUGUCUCUCUCAUUUCAUAAUUUGGAUGACGAUGAGCGUGGCUAAAAUUCAAAGAAUAAAUAUGGUUAUCAAGAUGUAUUUUAAGGGAUGGGCAACUCUUACUCAAACUAUGAACAAAAUUAGAGUUUAAGUGAUUUAAAGAGACCAAUUAUGCCAAGGGAGGUAGUAGACUAACCAAUAUAUCAAUAAAAUCCUAUGUAUACCCGUCUCGAUAGCCUUCCAUUUAGCAAGUGGCACUAUUAUGCCAUUCUAGCUUUAAGUGGAGGAUUGUUUAUUGAUGGUUACGAAGUAGCUGUAGUUGCUGUAUCUUCAACUGAACUGUAGAGAAUUUAUAGUGCUUCUGAAUCUUAAGUCAGUCUCUUAGCUACUGCAUAUAUGAUUGGUGCAGGUAUAGGAUCGUUAAUUUUUGGAUAUUAUUCUAGUGAACAUGGACGUAAGAAGGUUUUUUACACUACAUUAGCUGUCUAUGCUAUUUCAAUUUUGUUUGUAAUUAUAAGCAGAAGUCUUUUGUUUUUAUAUUUGGUAAGAUUUUUUUCUGGUAUCGGGAUUGGGGGCGAAUAUACAGCUAUCUUCGCUAUGGUUGAUGAAAUUGUUCCUUCAAGCUAUAGAGGUACUGCAAAUAUAUGUGUUUCUUCUAUUUGGCAUUUGGGAUCUUCUAUAGCAGGUUUACUUGGAUUAGCAUUCAGCCACAGAUUAAAUAGUCCUGAUGAUACUUUGACCUGGCGUUUUUUAUUCUUAUUCGGAGCCUUAUUUAUAAUCCCAAUAAUAUAUCUAAGAAAAUUCAUUCCAGAAAGUCCUCGUUGGAUAAAUGGAAAAGGCAAGCCUACUGAAGCAGACUAAAUUGUAGAUCUCAUAACUUACUGUUGUGAUAAUGACUGCAUCAUACCUUUGGAAGAAUAUAAGAUCCUUUAGCAAAAGCCAAGGAUGAUAGGAAUACACCCAUAGAAUUACAAUGAUUUAAAUUAGGAUGAAUUACCAACUAAUUUAUUUGAGAUUAUGAGAUUCAUAAUUAAUAGAUAUAGAAAAAGAUUUGCUCUAUGUUUUGCAAUCAUUUUUGCUUCUAAUUUUGUCUAUAAAGGAAUAUUCUAUACACAUGUGAUGAUGAUGAAAAAAAUAGAUAAUUUUGAAUAGAAAGAAUAUAGUGGUAAGGUAUUUUCCCUCAUUAACCCAAUAUUUAAAUCUUUUCAUUAAACAGAAUAGUAUUUUAUUUUGCCAUUAAUUUGUGCAAGCUUUUUAGGUCCUCUUAUCAUGGCUAGAUUUUUUGAUACACAAGGUAGAAAAAGAAUGAUAUUUUUUAUAUUUGUUGCAAGCGGAGUGCUCCUUUUUAUAAAUGGAAUUUUAUUUGACUACUCUUUUAUUAACCAUAAUACAUAGCUAAUAUUUUGGAUUUUAAUCAUUUUCUUUUCAUCUCCUGGUAUUUCGGCUGCUCACUUAACCAUAUCUGAAGUUUUCCCACUAAAAAUCAGAAGUUAAGCUCUUGCUCUAUUUAAUACAGUGGGUUUAUGUGCAGGAGGAGCUUUGGCACCAUACUUUUUUGGUGUCUUAAUUAGGUUAAAUAGUAUAGAUUCUCUAUCUUUAGGCUACUACUGUUCAAGCUUAAUAAUGAUUACAGCAGGGCUUUUGGGUUUAGCAAUAGGUAUUAGAGCAGAAAAUCUACCAUUAGAAGAAAUAUGA